AUUGGAUGGGAUUCGGUUUGACGAUAAUUAUCGUAAAGAAUAUUAAAAAACGAAAGAAAGCAAGAGAGAGGUGGAAAAAAAAAAAGAAGAAAGGUGAGGAGGAAAUCGAGGAAAAGGGAAGAGAAGAGAUAGUAGGAUUAGGAUUUAGGAAGAAGGAAUGAGUGCAACCGUGACUCUGACUCUAAACCUAAGCCGUUCUUCCGGUUACAGCAAUACCAUCGUGACUUCCUCCUAUCUCUCUCCACAUUAUUAUUCCUACAAGCACAAACCCAACCCUAAUUUCAAUGCCUUUUUUAGCUUCUCCCUCUCUCUGUCUCUGUCUCAGCACAGACGCCUCGCUUUCUGCAAGAAGGCCAUACCCAAACCAUUCCCCUCAAGACGGACGUGGCUUUAUGGGCAUAUGAAUAGAGAUCGAGAUACAUACAGUCCAGAUUAUGAAUUGGGGAAUGGCUUAGGCUUAUUUGGUUCGGAUGAAGAACUUGCAACACAAAUUCCAACUCAGGCCCAAUCAGUUGUUGAAGGAUCAGGGUCGAUUCGCAUAACAGAGUUCAAGCCAGUUCCUGAUGUUGAUUAUCUGCAGGAAUUAUUAGCCAUUCAACAGCAAGGGCCCAGAGCUAUUGGCUUUUUUGGAACGCGGAACAUGGGAUUCAUGCACCAGGAACUAAUUGAGAUUCUUAGCUAUGCUAUGGUUAUAACUAAAAACCAUAUAUAUACAUCUGGGGCAUCUGGGACUAAUGCUGCUGUUAUCCGAGGUGCUUUAAGGGCAGAGAAACCAGAGUUGCUUACAGUUAUAUUACCUCAAAGUUUAAGCAAACAGCCUCCUGAGAGUCAAGAGCUAUUGUCCAAAGUGAAAAAUGUCAUAGAAAAGCCCCAUAAUGAUCAUCUACCUCUAAUAGAAGCCAGCAGGCUAUGUAAUAUGGAUAUCAUUUCGCACGUGCAGCAAGUCAUUUGCUUUGCUUUCCAUGAUAGUAGGUUGCUCAUGGAAACAUGUCAAGAAGCCAAAAAUUUGCGGAAGAUUGUGACUCUUUUCUACCUCGACUGACGAUUUUUAUCUAUGUCUAUACGUUACUUCUCUGCACAAGGGGGCUGGGAGAGAGUAGUGCUUAUUUUUGGUUUGUAAUUAUUCAAUGAUAUUGCUAUAAUUUGCUUCUUUAAGUUCACCAUAAAAGUAUUUUAAUUACAUUCCUAGAGAGAGGUGGUUGACAUUAAUUUUUUUAAAAAAGAGAAGAAAAUGUUUCCA